AUGAGGAAACAAGCAGCUGAAAUACAAGCCAAUUGUCCCAAGUGUGCAAGGAUACCCUCCACCGAGGAACCGUCUCAUUUGCAGAGGAUUGGAGGGCUCCAUACUUGGCAUCCUUCAUCAACGGAGUCUUGCCAACCGAUCCCAAGCAUGCACGGGUUUAAUGGUGAGCCAUUAAAAUGCUUGGGAAAGUCAGAGGCACAGCAAGCCAUGCAAGAGAUUCAUGCUGGAGAAUGUGGUGAGCACCAAGGAAUGAAGAGGCUUUACCAGCAGCUGCUGAGUGUUGGGUAUUAUUGGCCUACAAUGAAGAAUGAUGCAUACAACUUUGUGAAGAGGUGCCACACAUGCCAAGUUCACGCCAACUUAAGUCACAAGCCUCCCACGCUGCUGCAGGACAUGCGCACUCCUUGGCCCUUUCAUACUUGGGGGCUUGACUUGAUCGGGACUAUCCAUCCACCAUCCGACGGCUACAUAUGGAUCCUCACAACCACCGAAUAUUUCACAAAGUGGGUUGAGGCAGUUCUCUUCGGAAGGCCACGGGGAGCUGCCGUUGCAAAUUUCAUCCGUGAAUAUAUCGUAUGCAGAUUUGGGAAUCCCAUAUAA